AUGUCGACCAGCCGGGAGCGCCUCCCUGACGAGCACCGGACACGUUCCGAGCAGUACCACCAACGAGGCGGCGGCGGCGUCUACGGCGACCGGCAUCAGCAGCGCGAGGGCUACGGCGCCGGCGGCGUCUACGACGACCGGCAUCCGCCGCACGACGCCUACGGCGACCGGCAGCAGCAGCGCGACGGCUACGGCGGCGGCCACUGGCGGCACGAAGACGGGCGGCGGCCGCACCGGCGGCCGCGGUACAACGACUUCCGGGGGCACCGGUCGGGCGUGCUGGAGUGGACGGCGGCGGUGGUGUUCACGGUGCUGGCCAUCGUGGUGCUGCUGGCGGCGGUGACUGUGCUGGUGGUGGUGCUGCUGCUCCAGCCCCGGUCGCCGUACCUGGCCGUCCGGACGGCGAGGCUCGACGCGCUGGUGUACGACCAGCAGGGCGCGCUGGACGACGUGCAGCUGUCGCUCCUCGUCGAGGCCCGCAACGCCAACGCGCGCUCCGCCGCGUCGUUCUCGCGCCUGGAGCUCCGGCUGGAGUUCGGCGGCGUGGUCCUCGCCAGGCUCCGCGCCGACCCGUUCGGCCUGCCGCCCAGGGGCGCCCUGCCGCUGGCCUACGUGGCGCGCGCGCGGGGCGCGCCGCUCGACGCCACCCGCAGCGCCGCCGUGGAGGCCGCGCUCCGGGACGGCGUGGUGCCGUUCGGGCUGGACGGGGAGGCCAGGACGGCGUGGAAGAUCGCGGGGCUCGUCGGCGUCCACCACUGGACCCGGCUGGCCUGCGAGCUCCGGUUCUUCUGGCCCAACGGCACCGCGCUCCACUUCAGCUGCAACUCCAAGUCCAAGUUCUGGUUCUUCUGA